GGCGUUUCUGUGGAUCUCGGACUGAACGACAGUUUGAAAACACAACAGCGCAUCGGCGAGAAGGACAACGACUGGGGAUUUGAUAUCGUCCCUUAUCGAUCAGAAAAGAGAGAGAAGAUGCCGAUGGAAGCUGUCUCCGUGUCAUAUCAGGGGUGAAACAAGCUCCGUGAUGCAGCACCGCGCCGUUAGUAUUCCUCUAUUGUCCCGUUAUGAUCCUUUGUCAUAGCCGCGGGUGUUAUUCAGCGCUGUAACCGAGUUCACGACCGGAAACGCUCAGACGAACUGAGACAGCAUGCGUGGGUUCUUUCCUCUCAUGCAGCGUCAAGAUGGAAGAUGUCCACAGUGUUUUUCUACGGGAUGAUGGAGAGCCUAAUUGCGCAGUGCAGUGAAGAGUAGAUCUGCACUGUUUUUGGAUGGCCAGUGUGAUCAUGAUCAUGAGUAUUGUUGCAUGACUGCUGUUGCUCCCUCGAACUGCUUUUAAAAAAAAACUGCUUUGCAUCACGACACGCUUUCAUCCGUAAUUCCGCUCCUAUUCUUCUUCUUCAUCAUCAUCACUGGACGGAGUGGUGUGAAGCCGCUCUUCCUUCCAGCCACGACAGAUGAGAGGCAAACAGUAUCAGCAGAUCAAGCCUGUAGGACCUCGAGAGACCGAUACUGACUAUGGAAGGAAACUCAGAACCUACCAGAACCCUGUGAAAAUCAUCGACCAGCCCGGCAUCGUCAUGAAGGUGCUGAGGAGGAAGCGGAUUAUUUUAUUCGUGGCCUAUUUCCUCCUGCUGGUUCUGACCAUGCUGAAUUUGGCCAACUAUAGAUGGAGCAAAGAGCCGCAGCAGUGCAGCCACCAGGUGAGGAGCACCACGUACCAGGGGCGCUCCGACAUCCGGUUCCUUUACAGACCCGCUUUGGUUAAGAAAAGGCAGCUCGUUUACGUCUUGACCACUUGGCGCUCGGGGUCGAGCUUUUUCGGCGAGCUGUUCAACCAGAACCCUGAUGUGUUCUUCCUGUACGAGCCCAUGUGGCACAUCUGGCAGAAGCUGUACCCAGGUGACGCCGUGUCUCUGCAGGGCGCGGCGAGGGACAUGCUGAGCUCGCUGUAUCGCUGCGAUCUCUCCGUGUUCCAGCUGUACAACAGCCCCGGGGGCAAAAACAUUACCUCGCUCGGCCUGUUCGGCGCCACGCUUAACAAAGUGAUCUGCUCGUACCCGCUGUGUUCGGCGUACAGGAAGGACGUGGUGGGCAUGGUGGACGACAAGGUGUGUAAGAAAUGUCCGCCGCAGAGCCUCCAUCUUCUGGAGGACGAGUGUCUGAAAUACAACACUAUCGUUAUUAAAGGGGUGCGCAUUCUGGACCUUAAUAUCUUGGCUCCUCUGAUGGAAGACCCCUCGCUGGAGCUAAAGGUCAUUCACUUGGUGAGGGACCCCAGGGCUGUGGCCAACUCCAGGAUCAAAUCCAGACACGGACUGAUCCGAGAGAACCUGCAGGUGGUCAGGAGCCGGGAUCCCAAACUCCGCCGGUUACCGCUCACAGACGCAGCUCAUAAAACGAACAAAAAGGACGGAGCCGACUACCACUCGAUAGGGGCCAUGGAGGUGAUAUGUGAUAGGACCCACAGGACCUUGAGGACGGCGUUGAAUCCUCCCAGCUGGCUGAAGGGAAAGUACCUGGCCGUGCGCUACGAGGACCUGGUGGAAAACCCGGUCAAGGUCCUGCGUCAAGUUUACCGCUUCGCUAACCUCAGCGCCAAUCACGACGUGGAGUCUUUUGCCCUCAACAUGACUAACGGAACAAACUCGUCGUCCAAGCCGUUCAUCGUGUCGUCCAGGAACGCCACGCUGGCGGCGAGCGCUUGGAGGACUCUCCUCAGCAUUCAGCAGAUCAAACAAGUGGAGGAUUACUGCCACCAGUCCAUGGCCGUGCUGGGCUACGAACGCGUAAGAACAGCCGCCGAGGCGAAAGACUUGAGCAAAUCCUUACUCACGGCAUCCAAACUGUGAUGCUAACCCCUCACCAAAGACCUAUAAAAUGAAAGAAAAAAAAUAACAAUGCUCAUUUGAAUGAUUUUUCCUUGUAGCUCGGUAACUGUGGAGCUUUAUUUUGUUUCAGUGUCUCAUUGAGGGAUUUGACAUGCCUCACAGGAAUGUACUAUUUUGUUAUUAUUAUUAUUAUUAUUAUUAUUAUUCUUAGUUUUCAUAGAUUUUUUUUUUAGUUGUGAAAAUUUAAAGCUGCCAUGGCUUUUCUAAGUGGAUCGAUUACGUAUGUGUAUGACAAAACCGCACCAUGACUUGAAUAUGAGAUAAGCCUUGAUGUCAUGUGAAUCACGUGUCUUGCGUCGACAAUGCUUUAGGUUUUAGUUUUACUUCCGAAUGUUUUUAAGACCCAUCAGUUUAUUUGGAGUUUGUUUGCUCACACACACAUAUACAAAAAAAAAAAAAUAAAAAAAAAAAAAUAAUUAUUCCACAACAGAAACGUGCGUGAAAACCGGUCGAAGCUCUCGUUCUUAAAGCAAGCGACGCUGUUUAGUUCGUGCAGGAUGCUCUGCUCUCAGAGACAAUCAUUAAAGCGCUCCGUGAUGCUUUUUAUCCCCGCCCCCCGUCCCUGUUUCUGCUACUUUGGCCUGCAUGUCCGUUUUCAGAACUGGGUGCUCCAUUAUCUUGGCUUUUCCAAACUUCCUGUCUUAUAUAGCUUUAUUAGUGCUUCAUGGAAGUCUUUCUAUGGGAGUUGAUGUUCACGACUAGAGCGAAAAAAAACAAAACCCUAAUAACCCACGUUUGCAGUGAUUCUAGGUUAUCAUUACGACUAGACGGUGUUUUCAAUAACCUCAACCGGGUUUUAGAGUAGAUUUUAACUGACAGAGGGACAAACGACAUUCUCUUUCCCACUUAUUUUCUCUCUAUUCUCCUCUCAUUGCAACCCCAUACAGUUAUAGGAUUGUAACUGAUUUCAUUAGAGCUCAUGUGAUUCUAAGUAGUGGUUUGGCCUUGAACACUUUCUUUUUCUUUUUUUUUUUUCCUCUGUUGUUGUGAAACAUGUGAAGAAUGUGACUGUGCCUUCUGAGAUAUCAGAAAUAAAUAGCCAGGCUUGUUUUAGAGCACUAAAGAACGUGUCAAAUGCAUGGCCUUCUCGGAAAACCACAAUCUCAUCUACUACGUUCGGUGUAAGAUACGGGCGAAACGCUCUCGUGAGCCCGGAGAUCUCCUGGUUUGAGCAUUUGUAAAUAAAUUUCUGCUGAUGGAAAAACAAAAGGAUGUGCUUACGAAUGCAGGCGGAUUCCGACCACGAUGAUAAACUCCUAGACGUUUGUGCAUAACGUUUGUGUGUGUGAAAUAUUGGUUUCUCUAGCAAGCGGUGAUGUAUGAGUAACCCGAAUCGACUUGAGAGUAUUUGCCACCAGAUAAGAUUCGCUUACAAGGAAUUUGACUUGGAAAACAAGUAAGUAAGGAAUAAAAAGUGUGUUACUCUUUUUGUAUUACAGCAAUUUGCCAAAUGAUUACAACUGCACAAGUGAGUUAAAGAACAAUGAGUACCUUUUAUCCGUUUAUGGUUACAGUGCGGGAAACGAGUAUUGAACGCGUCAGCAUUGUUUUCAUUAAACGAUGAACUUUUCACCAGACGUCAGUAGGGACUCGAAAUCCGCAAAUAUAAAGAAUUCACAAGAGUAAAGUCCAUAAAUAUAGUUGUGUGUAAUAAAGUGGAAUGACACGGGAAAAAAGUAUUGAACACGCUAAGAAAAAGGCAAGGAACCAGCUGAAAUCCGUGAGUAAUCUUACCCGCUGUCUGUGCAAAUUAAUAUCAUCUGGGUUAGUAAGUGAACACACAUAACUUUAUUUAUGGACUUCAAUGUUGUGAAUUCUUUAUAUUUCCGGAUUUCUUGAGUUAAUACUGAUGUCUGGGGAAAAUUUCAUGUGAAUAGACUCAUGGGAAAUAUAUUCGCGGAAAAGAAUGUCGACGCGUCCGAUACUCACUUCCCCCCGCUGUACGUGUGAUGUCGUGGAACGUCUUUAAAACGAGUUAGUUAUCAUUAUCAGUUACGUUGUAGCGGCUAUAAACGGCCGUUCCUUCUCUAGCCCGUCUUUUACGAAGCAUCAACUCCUCACUAAUCUCUCCUGAAGAAUUUCCCACGUUAGAAAACGUGCCGAACGUUACAAAGCGCCGGCGCUGGAGACUCCUUCCACAGACGUUGGAUUCCAGAAAGAUUUGUCUAACCGAUGAUUAAACGUGUAUUUUUCGUUUUUUUGGUCCGGAAUCUGUCUGUUACGCGUUUUUAGAUCAUGUGAACGUGGUGUUACUAUAGAAACCGUGACGUAUUUGGAAUGUUUUUGAGACUCGUCGGUCUGCAAACGAGCCGUGGCUCUCGUUCUUAAACAGGCGAUGCCGUUUAGUUCGUGCAGGCUCGGUGCAGACGCAGUUAACCAGCUGUCACUAUAGAAACCUUCUGACCAAUCAGAAUGGAGAAUACGACAGCGUGAUGGUACGUGAAGGGGGGGAAUAAAAAAUGGUUAAAGAUUCUCUCUCUUAGAGUUUAAACACAUUUCUAUUAUUUCCAGAUUGCAGUUUCAGUCAUGUUUAUGAAAAACGAUAUUUCUUCCAUUUUUUUAAAUUUUAUUUUGUUUUUAUAAAUGCAGGAAUGCAGGCUGGCACUCACUUUACACUCUAAACAUAAACACACAGGCUUGCAUGCCCUUCGAGUGGUUUGUGUGGAAAAGCUCGCUGAAUGAAACCCUUGUGCGCGUCACGUCGAAACGAAACCGAACAAGAGACCGACUCGACAAAAGAGGAAGUUCGACGAGAUUUAAUUAGAUCGCGGCGUCUGAUACAGGAGUGGGCGGGGCGUGUAAGGAAAGAGGCGUUUCCGCUUUGCAUAAUAAUACUAAUACUAAUAAAUAAUAAUAUAUGAUGAAUUGUUGUGUGUUGAAGCUCAAUAUUAAUUAAAUAUACAGUGUAUUUGUUUACGAAAAAGUUUUGUAUGAUUCGGUUUGGCACUUCUCACGAGAGGGUGAAUAGGACACUUUACCUUCUGCGUGUAAGUCUGUAAACAUGUUAAGUCAUAUCAUUUCCCCAGAGAGUCAGGUAUUGAGUGAAAACGGGGACGUCAUUACUGCAAAGCGAUCGAGUCACCAGCAUAUGUUGUUUUCCACGAGGAAUGGGGAAAACAUGCACUCGCUGAGAGACGGAGUUGUCUUUGGCUGGCCUUAUUGCAGAGGUGCACAGCUGUCGGAAAUGUGCCUGGUGGUGUUGUGAUUAAACUGGAGGGUUAAUGUUGGGGGAGACAAGAAAAAAAAACAAAACAACCAAAACACACUAAAUUACUAAAUAACAGAAGACUCAUUUAACAUUAUUAAGAUUUUUUUUUUUUUU